CUUAAUCAGCAUGUUUGUUAUCCGCUCGUUGCUAACAACCUGCUUCCUGUAACUUCGGCUGCCCAUUAUUCACUCAUGCAUUGACGGGUUUUAAUAGCAGCAGGCUUUUUGAAAGGUGUGUGAGGAGGAUGAAGCCGUUCCCACAUUGAGUGCACUUUCCUCCGUGGCGGCCCGGCUGCAUGGUGCUCCUCCGUGUCUCUCUGCCUGCUUUCUGACGCUUGGGGUUUGCAGUCUGGCCUCCUGCUGCGGCUGCGAAUUAACUUCAUUUUUCGGCGUCGCCUUCCUCUGAAAUCAUGUUUAUUUUAUAAAGAUGACGGUGAGGGGGACACUGUAAACUAAAUGACUGUCAGAAACAUCGCCUCCAUUUGUAAUAUGGGCACCAAUGCCUCUGCUCUGGAGAAAGACAUCGGCCCGGAGCAAUUCCCGAUCAAUGAACACUACUUUGGAUUGGUCAAUUUUGGAAACACAUGUUACUGUAACUCAGUGCUCCAGGCUCUCUACUUCUGCCGGCCUUUCCGAGAGAAUGUGCUGGCGUACAAAGCCCAGCAGAAGAAGAAGGAGAACCUGCUCACAUGCCUGGCUGACCUCUUCCACUCCAUCGCCACACAGAAGAAGAAAGUGGGGGUCAUCCCACCCAAAAAGUUCAUCUCGCGCCUCCGGAAAGAGAACGAUCUGUUUGAUAACUACAUGCAGCAGGACGCCCAUGAAUUUCUUAACUACCUGCUGAACACCGUGGCUGAUAUCCUGCAGGAGGAGAAGAAACAGGAAAAGCAGAACGGACGCCUCAAGAACAACGGCACAGCGGUCACCACAGAGGCUGAGACAGAGAACAAGACAGAGCCCACCUGGGUUCAUGACAUCUUCCAAGGCACGUUGACCAACGAGACACGCUGCCUCAACUGUGAAACGGUGAGCAGCAAAGAUGAGGAUUUUCUGGAUCUUUCCGUGGAUGUGGAGCAGAACACAUCAAUUACACACUGUCUCAGGGACUUCAGUAACACAGAGACUUUGUGCAGUGAAUACAAAUACUACUGUGAGACAUGCUGCAGCAAGCAGGAAGCACAGAAACGGAUGCGAGUGAAGAAGCUUCCUAUGAUUUUGGCACUACACCUGAAAAGGUUCAAGUACAUGGAGCAGCUGCACCGCUACACUAAGCUGUCCUACAGAGUGGUGUUCCCUCUAGAGCUCCGUCUGUUCAACACGUCUGGAGAUGCAGUAAACCUGGACCGCAUGUAUGAUCUGGUGGCUGUGGUGGUGCACUGUGGCAGUGGACCGAACAGAGGACAUUACAUUACCAUAGUGAAGAGUCAUGGUUUCUGGUUGCUGUUUGAUGAUGACAUUGUGGAGAAAAUUGACGCCCAGGCCAUUGAGGAGUUUUACGGUCUUACCUCAGACAUUUCAAAGAACUCUGAGUCUGGAUACAUCCUCUUCUACCAGUCCAGGGAGUGACUGGAGCUGGAACAGGAGAAGACUGAAUAGGAUUUUUUUUAUUAUACCUUCAGCCUAACGGACCCAGAUUCUCAUCUCCACCCUCCUCUUCCUCCUCCUCUUCCUCCUUCUCUAUGACAUCUCUGAUAUAUGUGCCAAUCCUCUUCCUAAAUGCCAGCCUCUGGCUUUACCUGUGCUUCAUCCCUCUUUUUGUCAUUUGCUUCUUGUCCUUUAGUCACCUGCAUCUGGAAUGCACUUUAAAACUACAACAAAAGCAAGGAGUCUAGAUUUACACCAAGCCCCGGCCCCUUUGGUGUUGACUACAGAGGGAAAUCAUUUUGGGGGUCUACCAGAAAAACGACAGCAAGAGGGGCCUGGUGCACUUGUACUAUAUCAUUUCUGUGUAUAUAAAGUCUCCUUCCAUGAUGUGACAUCCUCUCAUAAACCUCUCAUUAGGGCUACUUUUUCCCCAUCACUGUCCAAUCCUUUUGUAUGAUCAUGUGACUGGAUGAUGCAUGAGGGGUGACUGACGCUGGAGAUAGACACUGUAUUAUACACAUGGAAAGUUUUCAUGCAUCCUCAAUGGUUUUGAAGCAAUAUGUGAGCAUGAAGUAGUGCUCACAAGCUGCAAACUACCUAAACUAAAUCGUAACAUGACAGUACUUUGGCCUAAUUGACACUACACUUAAAUCCUGCAACUUUUAACAGAUAAAUCAGCUGCAUCUUUAUAAUUUCUAUACUGAUCGAAACCCCCUAUUUAUUGAACUGAUUAUAUUUAUUACUGUAAUGAUGACUGCUUGUUAUUGAAGGCGUUUGUGUAAUAUGGCUCUCGUGAGAGCUUUGUUUGUUCAGACUUCUGUCUAAGCUCUCCAUGUGAGGAACAUUGUGUAUGUAAUACACAACUGGAUAGGACAGCUGUGGCAGGGUGAUUCGUAGUUUGUUGUCUGCAUGUUAUAAAAAGAUAUGAAAGAUGACCACAGUGUAAGUGAGACAAAACUCAAAACUGCCUCAUCAAUGCUUUUUUUUUUUUUUUUUUUUUUUUAAUUUGAAAAAUAGUGCAAUAAGAGAAGUUGCCCAAUGUGGAAAUUCCCAGUGAAACUAAUAUACACUACAUUUAAAUGUUAGUGGUAGAUGUGUGUUUUAGCAGCUGAUCUUGUGUUUGUGUAAAUUCCCUCCUAUACCAUGUGCAUCCACUACCUACUGGGAUGUUGUCCUCAUCAUUGUCGUCAUCAUCUAUUUUCCUCGUGAUCCUACUCAGCUUAGUCUUUUUUAUCCGUGUUAAAUUACAGCUUUGAUGUGUCUUUUUCUCUCAUUUGCUCUGAUCCUAAACACCACGUAGCACUUCCAAAUACUAAAAAUCCAUAGAAGUAAGUUCAGUUUUUUGAUGUUAUAUCAGAUGUCCCAUGUCGGUGUUUACUCUUCGGCUGGUUACCUCUUGGUUUGCUGCCAUGUUCUGUAGUUUAGUACAUGAAACAACUUGCUUUCAUGUCAUUUACAUUCCUAUUUGCUGCACAUCAGAGGAAAUUACCAUGUCAAUUACAUCUCAUCAUGAAUUAUAGGUAGAAAUAAGAUUGAUUUGCUAGUUUUGUGUCUGUGUCUAUCCAGGAGAGACAGAAUUGAAGGAAAUCAUAGCGAGACUGUGGGAUGUUGAAUGACCUUGUUUCUGCUGUCUCUUCCAUGAAGUCUGUUACUGGGUGAAGGAUUUUGUGCCAAACUGGAUUCAAUACUGCAACAGAACAUUAUUUUCUUUGUAAAGAUACACCUGUACAUAUAUAUUAUGUAGAAAACACUUCUGGAAAUAGGAAAAUAUUUUUUUAAAGUGAAGAUCUUAAAAUGUAAAAUCGCUCAUGGCAAAGAUUUUAGCUUGACUAUUAAUGAAACCCUGUUAAAAAAUACUGUGCUGUUUUACAAUCAAUCAAUCACAUAAUCAGUCAGAACUGUGGCGCCGUCAGUCGCAUUACCACUGUUGUCAUCGUUAUUGUCAUCUGGUUGAACUGAGCCAGGGCAGAAAACGCUAACACAAAUAGUCUGAGCCAGUUUAGACCCCGGUGAGAAGAAGGAGCUGAUCUUCCAUUAACACUUAUGCACAUGCCCUCGCUGAGGUGCUCAGUUGUUGCACUUGGUCUUGUAUAUCUUACUGUGAUAGCGUUCCACUGAGGAGAGUCCUGUACCUGCCGGGUGGGAUCUGAUUGAGCGUUUUGAGAGGGACGGAGGAGAAACCAAGCCUCCAUUUGGCUGUAAACUGAAAGUGCACUUUAUUAGUGAUGAGCUUCAAUGCUUUAACAUGAAGAACCACAGUCUAACACACUCAUUUUGAGCUUUCUCUCUUUGUUCAAUAAAAAGACUAUCAGCUGACUGC